GUGUUCUUUUGCGAUUAACCCCGCGGUAUCUUCCGUUGAAGCCGGAUCAGGCUUUAAACAGGGCUGAGGCAAUGUGAUUCCCCUUCUUUCCAUUCUUCCGAUUCACUGCCCGGCCCUUCUGAAAAUUUGAGGAAAAAAGAAGAAGAAACUCGAACCAAGUCGAAGACGAAGAUAAGUUCUCUCCAUCGAACUUCUGUAAGCGAGGCUAAAGAGAACUAUCCAAAAUGAUGCUAUUCUUGUUUAGCCGGAUGGAAUGGGCAUGACCGGGAGACCUGUCGUGAGCCUGGAGUUUGAUAUCUCGUUCAAUAUUUGCUCUCAAAGGUCGGGGGCGGAAUACUGGGCCACAAUAGACCGUCGGAGUGGGCCUAGGGGUGCAUAGACGGUCCAAUCGUUGGGCCCACACUAUAUGGGCACCAAGAUGAAGGGCCUUUUGAAGGGCCUCCGCUACAUCUCCCAAAUAUUCGACACAGAUACGAAGGAGCAGGAGAUGCAGAUCGGAUACCCCACGGACGUCAAGCACGUGGCGCAUAUCGGCUGGGACGGCCCUUCCGUAAAUGCCCCCGGCUGGAGGAACGAGUUGCGGUCGUCUUCGGUCCCUCUCACCGCCCCCAUUGCCGGAGGCGUCCCACCUAAAUAUCCCUCAGAGAUCGGUGGAGUACAGGACUCUUCAGCCCGGGACCAGCCGGAGGUUCCGGCGCGGAGGUCGUCGCGGCACAACGCCUCGCUCGCCGGGCACAGCGUCGACUCGCCACACCGCGAGUCCCGACUGUCGCGGCGCCACCAGUCGUCCGGCGCUGCCGCUGUCGACUCCCUGGUGCGCGAAUCCUCAGAGGGGUCGCGGCACGGCCGGAGGCAUCGGGGCACCGCCGGUCUCAGGCAGGAGAGCACCGCUGGAAGCGGUGACGGGGGCGGUUCGCAGUCGCAGGAUGGAGGGGCGGCGGUGCCGAAGCGGGACCGCCCCCGCCGGAAGACCAAGGGGUCCUCGUCCGGCGGAGGCUCCGUCAGGUCGACGUCCCGAUCGAAUGCCGCCGCCUCGGAAUCGGAGGGCGGGGUCGAGAGCCAGAGCUCGUAUUCUGCCCCGUCCUUGAAGACGACGAGAGAGGAGGAAGGGUUCUGAUACGAUCGAACUCAGGGAAGAAAGGGACUCCGUUCCAUCAUCCGUACAACGAGACUCUGUUUACCGCCUGAUUUCUACUGAUUUGGUGCUCUUCUGGUGCCCCGCUGUCCAGAUCAAAGACGACUCCCUGUGCUCAUGGUAAGUCUCGCAAGGACGGACGGAUGGUUCUUUUGACUUGGAGUUGACUCUCAUAUACAACAUUUUAUUUAAAUCAAUAGAACAAUGCAAGAGGAUGGUAAAAGAGAGGGAUUAGUCUCUUCAAAGAUUCCAAUGUACUGUUCUUGCCACCAAUCUGCAAAUCAACAUGGGCGAAAGAAUGAUUAUGAUUUUUUUUCUUGUGUGACGUCAUCAUAGUAACUGCUUCCAAAUUUAUGCAGAUAAAUAAAAAUAUAUAUAUAAUGUUGUGCGA